AUUUUUAUAAGAAAACAAACAACCCCCUUUUAUCAAUCAUCCCGAUAGAAUUAUUCGGUUUAGAUCUGCUGUAGCAAAUUGUUAAGAGGUAAUUAUUUCGUAACAUAAAUAAUUUUUAUUAUUACGUAAUUUUGGCGGAGAAUUGCAACAAGUUACGUAUUCUAUUAAUUUUACGAACGUUUGCAGUUAUUUUUCAAAAUAGAUUAUAAGUUUAACCGAUCAUUGCAGAUUAUGGCUGAUUUUGACUGGGGAUUUGGCGGAGAUGAGGAUGACUUUGAUGAAGAAGGAGGAGAUUUUCGUGCGCAACCGGUUCAAAGAGAUGGUUUAAUUUUGUUGAUUGAUUGCUCUAAGGCUAUGUUUACAGUCAGGGAUGAAGGUUCUUUUUUCAGUCAGGCGAUAAAUUGCGCUGUCGGAGCAGCAAGGAACAAAAUUGUUAGUAAUGAUAGAGAUAUGUUUGGAGUUGUUUUCUAUUCAACUAAAGAAACAAAGAAUCCCAACGAUUUUAAGAAUAUUUCUGUUGUCAAGAAUUUGGAACAACCUGGAGCUGAUACUGUAUCAGAUUUAGAAAAGUUUAUCGAAGAUGAGGAUUAUGAAGAAUUCAAAGACAAUUAUGGAAGUUCCGAUACUUAUCAACUGAGCGAUGCUUUUUGGACUUGCUCCAAUUUGUUCUCGAAUUGUUCUACCAAAUUGGGUCAGAGACGUAUACUCUUAUUCACAAGUGAUGAUGAUCCAUCAAAGGGAAACAAACAUUUUAAAAAUUCGGCAGCUGCAAAAGCUGGUGAUAUGAGCGAAAACAAAAUAGAUAUAAUGCUUAUUCCGAUGAUAACGUCUACAACUCCUUUUGAUGAAAAAAAAUUCUGGAAGGAUGUCUUAGUUAAUUUGACGGAUGAUAGUGAAGAAUUUAUAGCAAACGCAGCCCAAACGAGACGUGAAUUAGAGAAUGUGAUUCGAUCAAAAGCUCACAAGCAAAGGGCACAAACAAAACUAUCCUUAAAUCUUGGCGGAGACGUCGAAUUAUCAGUUGGAGUGUAUAAUCUCAUUCGAACUUGUACGAAGCCAUCUGCUAUUAAAUUAUACAAUAAAACGAAUGAGGAAUUGAAAACAACUAGAAAGGCGUUCCUCGAGGAAACUGGCGAAGUGCUAUUGCCUCAGGAUAUGAAGAAAAGUUUGAAGUUUGCCGAUCGUCAAAUUUGCUUCGAACCCGAAGAGAUAAAUGAAAUGAAAAGGUACGGCGACGUUGGAAUGUUUCUGCUUGGCUUUAAACCGAUGAAAUAUUUAAAGAAAGAUUAUCAUGUAAGACCAGCUCAGUUUAUUUAUCCAGAUGAAGGAGGCACUUCAGGAAGUACAAACCUAUUCUCAGCCUUAUUAAGAAGGUGUUUGAAGAGAAAUGUAUUCGCCUUAUGCCGAUUUACAGCCCGCAAAAAUGCAUUCCCAAGAUUUGUAGCCCUUGUACCUCAGGAAGAAGAACGCGACGAACAAGGCGUUCAACAAGUUCCAUCGGGCUUUCAUGCUAUUUUCCUACCAUUCUCCGAUGAUUUUCGAAAGAUCAAAGCGGUCGAGGACCCAAUAACGGCCAACAGUGAUCAAGUUGAAGCUGCAAAACAGCUAAUUAGCUCUCUAAAUAUACCUUUUCAACUAGAUAUGAUUGAGAAUCCUGCCCUACAAACCCAUUUCGCUAAUGUAGAAGCAAUUGCCCUAGAUCGUGACAUGCCCGAUAAAGUUACUGACCUUACAAAACCAGAUGUUGGAGCCAUGAUGAAAAGAGCAUCAAAAGCUUUAAAGGAAUUUGGCGAUUUACUUUUUCCAUCCGAUUAUACUCCGGGAGCUAGGAAGAGGGGUGGACCACCAGCUAAACGACCUAAAGUAGAUCCAGAAGAAAUGGCUCGGAAUGGAGCUUUGGGUAAACUAACAGUAGCUAUUCUAAAAGAAAUUUGCGCCGAAGUGAAUGUUAAGCCUAAAGGAACAAAGAAAGCUGAUAUUAUUGACGCUUUAAACAAGCAUUUCGGAGUUUAA